CUCUUACUCGCCUCAUCGAAGAGUCAAUACAAGCAAUCAAGAUCACGACGAAGCGAUAUUCAUUCGAAAUUGCCUAAAAUAUCUAUGGGUGUUCUAUUCCACCGUGAUUGACAAUUGUGUUUCUGUUGUAACUUUUGCCGUCGUUAUCGUCUUGAUUUUCCUCCUUCCCGUUACUAACACACACAAAACCAAUGAAUUGAAUGAAAUGAAGAAAGUUCUGGAUUUAAUGACGGAGGAAGUAACGCGUGCUGAAGUAGCAUGUCUGGUUGCUGCCGAAGACAUUUGUAGCUUACGUUGCUCGAUUCGUGACAAAGAAACGGAAACAACAAAGGAGGUGCGAGACCUGUCAAUUUCUACAAGCCCCGGAUUACUCUCGAAGCGAUCGGAGCCCGUUCAAGUUGAAAAGAAAAUCAGUUUCUUUCGCCGUAUCCUCUCCCUCCAUAGAGACAUCUCGAGAAAGGAAAUCGCUAUAAUGUCGAUUAUGUAUACCGACUCAUUCGACUCUUGAAAAUGUUGCGUAGUGGAAAAACUCAAAUACGAAAAACGCUCAAGACUAAAAAUAAAUAUGGUAAAAGAGA